ACACAUUCAGUAGGCCCCACACAACAGCUGUGAGACCACGUUCGAACGAGGAAGUAUCGAAAGAGCAAGCGCAAGCUGUUGCCCUGAGCCUAUUAACUAUUCCCUAUUGACCGGCGUUGACCGCAGUUGUAAACAAACAUGUCGGCUGAAGGAAGAAUCGCCUUGGCAGAAAUGCAUGCCUUCGUGAUUCGCUGCAUGACAAAAGCUGGUGCCAAGACAUCGCACAGCUCGGCAUUAGCAGACCUAUUGGUGGCAGCAGACUACAGAGGCCAUUACAGCCAUGGACUUAACAGGCUGGACAUGUAUGUCAAAGAUAUUCAGGCUGGCAUCACAGUCAGUGACAAGGAGCCUGAGAUUCUCAAGGAGACAGCUGCAACAGCCUAUGUUGACGGGAAUAAUGUGCUCGGCCCUGUUGUCGGAAAAUAUUGUAUUGAUGUUGCCAUAAGAAAAGCUAAAGAUGCUGGGAUUGGAUGGGUCACAGCAAAAGGAUCUAACCACUUUGGCAUUGCAGGCUGGUAUGCAAUGAGAGCUAUGGAACAGGGUUUGAUAGGCAUGGCUUUUACCAACACCUCUCCACUAAUGGUACCCACCCGAGCCAAGAAGUCCACACUUGGCACGAACCCUAUAGCAUGUGCAGCUCCGGCCAAUAAUGGUGAUAGCUUUGUUCUGGAUAUGGCAACUACAGCAGUAGCAUUGGGAAAGCUAGAAUUGAAUGAGAGGAAAGGACUGGAGAUUCCUAUAGGCUGGGGAUGUGACACUGAUGGAAAGGCUACUCCUGACCCAUCUAAGGCCUCAGGACUUAUGCCCCUUGGAGGCACAGAGGAAUGCAGUGGCUACAAAGGCUAUGGCUUGGCCAUGAUGGUGGAGAUCUUUUGUGGCAUUUUGGCUGGUGCUGAUUUUGGGCCUAACAUUAGGAGAUGGAAAACCACAGAACGUGAAGCCAAUUUGGGCCAGUGCUUUGUUGCAAUUGACCCAUCUGCUUUUGCUCCUGGAUUCAGCGACAGACUUUCACAGCUUAAUGAUUCCCUCCGAAAUCUGGAACCUAGUGAGGAGCAAUCAAAGGUUCUUGUAGCUGGAGAUCCUGAGAGAAAACAUAUGGAGAAGUGUGACCAACAAGGAGGAAUUUUGUACCAUGAAAACCAGAUCAAAUAUGCGAGGGAUCUAGCAACGAAGCUGGAUAUUGAACCUCCACAAGUUAUCUGACAAGUGAAAAUCUUGAUUUGAAAACAUGAAGCUGAAGAGUGUAGAGUCACAAUCAGUCAGAAGUUGAAUUUGCAAUAUGGAGGUGAAUUGUAAUCAUUGCACAAUUUAUCAUGAAGCUUGUUUCAUGUUUGUCAGAGUUGUAUCAUGUAUGUAUGGUGAUUUAAUGUUGUUGAGAUGGAAAGAGUUAUUACGUAUCCUUUGAAAGAAAGUCACAGAACUGAAACUGAUUGAAUAAAAGAUUGUUCUCCAGAUUCGUUCUAGAAUCUAAAAAGUGACUUGUGUUAAUGUGCAAUGAGCAUUGCGGUAAUGUUAACUAUACUGUAUACAAGAAGCAUUUAUUAACCAGGAGCCCAGUGAUUCCCUAUCAGCAUUAUAAUUUGUUGUCAAGUUACACGUGUUAUUAAACUUGUUUGUUUUUUUACAAUGAUAUAUUUAUUUUCAUAAUAUAUACCUAGUCUCUAUUUUGAUUGAACUGUGUGGGUACUUGUUCCUUUUCUAUUCUGACGAGUAAUGGGAUCCACGCAUCUAUUGUAAUGAAAGAAGGAUAAAAAUGUACAACUAAGUGUGUGCGAAUUUAUAAGAAUUUGUGGGAGAGUACAGUAUUUGAAAAGUGGAAGCAAUUUGGCAAAAGCUUUCUGCAACACAUUUAGGAUUGUAAGCAUGGCAAAACUCUGAUGGGCAGUAGCGCUGUGCCCAUUCGACUUUACUAUUGGAUAUUCAUGAUUUUUGCACUAUUCACAACUAUUCGAAGCCUUUCGGAUGGCGUGUGUUUUUUUAGAAAAAAGCAGAUAAUGGAUUUUCGCCUCAUUUUCUCAAACAUAGUAAAUUGGAGCAUAUUAUGUCUAAAAUCAUUUAGAUAAAAAUACAAAGAAAUACUCUUUAUUAGAUGGUUACGAGACAGAGUGAUAAGAGGAGCCAACAAGAGUUAUAAAACAUUCCUCUUGAGAAUAUCCCUUACACUUUUACUGUUCAAUAAUCACUCGUCACACCAUGGAUAGCUCAAGCAAUUGCACUUGGCUCUUGAAGUACAGAGAAUGACUUUUUUCCAUGAAGUUAACUGUCGCAAUGAGCUCCCCUUCCCCUAUUUGAAAUUCAAAGCCCUAUGAACAGUGACGUGAUGUCAUCUGAUUGCACUGUCAGCAACAACAACACAUGCACCCUCAGUCACUGACAUUGCAUAGCAGAAGUUGGACCUGGACUUGUCAAUAUAUAGAAGAAAAAACAAUUCAACGGCACUUUGAAUAGCGAAAGUUAGCUGGGCUUGUCAUAGUUAAAAAAGAAAAAACAAUUUGACAGCGCUUCAAAUAGCGGAAGUUAUGCCUGGGCUUAUUAUAUAUAUUGUUUUUAAUCAUUCGAUGGAGCGGUGAAAAGUUACCGAAUGUUGAAUAGUGGAAGAUAGGUCUGGGCUUAUUAUCCUUAUCAUAUAUGAGAAAAAAAAAUUCAUCGGAGGUAUUCGAAUGGCAUGGAUAGUGAGCUCAUGCUUCGAAGCUUCGGUGAACUUUGGUUUCCUCAAAAUCGCACAGCACGAGUGGGCAGCCUUUUGAAGGGUUCAAAUUCUUUAUAACUAUCGUAAAUAAAUCCUUUUCUUAAUUCACAUACCCCAUUUGAGAUCAUGGAUGGUGGGCACCUCUGGGUGGCUGUCCCACGUCCAUGUUCUUUAUAUGUUUUCCCCAUCAUCUUGUUUCUGAGCACUAUCAGUCCCAUUAACUGUCUUUGUAUCUAUAUAUGCUAUAAGAAUAAGACCAAGAGGCAUCACUUGGAUGUUUUACAUCUUCAUUUGUCUCAGUUUUCUGCUCCUAGAAUAUAAUAUUAAUAUUAUAUUAUAUAUAAUUGUGUUCUGUACUUACUUCACCUGAGGAACUGGUUGUAAGUUGUGAUGAAGAGAUAGGCCUAUAUGUGGUUAUGUUGCAUAUAUUUCAUGAAUGUAUCACUUUCAGUACUGCUGCUGGACGCUGCAACAAUGUAAUGAAUUGUAUUAAAAGAUUUUUGUAUAAGAUUAAGAUAGCUAUAAACUAUUAAGUCAUGUGAUUUUGUUGACUACAGAUGUUGGACAACCACUAACACGGUGCCUUAAUAAUUGUCUUUCGAAACAAAUAAAAGAUAUACUUCCUCUUUUUUUUCUGAAAAGCCUUGUCUUCAGAACUCUUGUCUGCAAUUGAUAUACAUGUACACAUAACGGAAUUAAAACCUUUGCACACGGU